AUGGAUGGUGGAAUGGAUGGUAGCAUGGGUGGUAGCACGGGUGGUGGCAUGAUUGGUGGCAUGGGUAGUGGCAUGGGCAUAGAUGGUGCGGGAAGCAGCGGGAUAGGCAUGGGGGUAGGGGUGGGACGAGGCAGUACGCGCGCGUGCAUGGGGCCAUCGGAUGCGUUUGGGGAUGAGGAGUUUCGGCCAGAGCUGCUGGGAGCUGGCAUGGAUGCUGGCAUGGAUGCUGGCAUGGGUAUAGAUGGUGCGGGGCAGCAGUCAUGUGGGCAUGGGGGCAGCAUCAGAGGCGCACAGCAGAUCAAACCCCCCGUGCUAGAAACCGCUGCUCCUGCUGAACUUUCCAGGCGGGACCUUUCUUGCCAUCCUGACUCACCCAACUUCCACGUGUCGUUCUGGCGCACGGACAGAGUCCGGGUGGCUUAUCCGCUGCCGCGUCAGCACCAGGAGCUGACUGACGUGUCAGUCUAUCAAGGUAAGGGGAGAGAGAGAGAGAGAGAGAGAGAGAGAGAGAGAGAGAGAGAGAGAGAGAGAGAGAGAGAGAGAGAGAGAGAGAGAGAGAGAGAGAGAGUGCAAGAGUGUGUGUGCAAACAGAGGGGAAGGAAAAGAGCGUGCACGACUGCACAGAUUCAUGCGAUGCGAAAAGCGAGAAAACGGGGAAGGAAAUGGGUGUGA